CAGCAUGAACAAUAAAAAAUUUUACCACCCUGGCCACUUCAAAGGACACACAACAAAGUUGAUUGUUUACGGUGUCGUUUAUCUUGCAUUUAUUCAUUAAUUCAGGUAUGGCUCAUUACGAGAAGCAACGUUCUGCAUAGGCAAUGAAUGACCACAUGAUUGUCAUUGUAACCUGUCUGUCUUUUAGUAACAAAUGAUUUAUUCUUCGCAGCGAAGGACUCUCGGUCGAAGCUCUUAUUCAAGCACGAGAAUGUUAACAAGGAGGAACCAAAACACUUUCGACAUAAUUUUAAAAUAUGAAACAAAAUACAGAUUCUAAUUCCUUGCUCUCUACAAUUUUUCCUCGUUCGUAGAAGAGUAUUAGUGACCUAGAUCUUCGACCUUUCACCAGUCGUACGAUGAAUCUUUCACUGUUACUAUUAUGUGAAGCGUUCGUAUAAAUUAGGUACAUCAAAUGAAUGUAUAAAAAUUUUAUAUAUUAGGAAUUAAAGAAAUUUUCAUCAGAAUUGUGUAAGCAGGAGUAACGUUGGCAUUGCUUGCACGUACUUCGAGGAUUCACGUGGAUCUCAUAACUUUCUUUCUGAAGGAAACUAACACGGUCUGAGGGUUCACAAAUCAGUCUCGGCAUAAUCACCUGUAACACGUUAUCCUGUUACUCAAUAUUGCUACGAUUAUUGCAUAUCAAAUAUAAGAAAAUAAUGUUUACUACAUUCGGUAUGGGAUUUCGUCAAAUAUCUUCGUAAUCUGAAGAAGGAUAUUUCUAUCAGAAAUUUUCUAGUUCUGAACUCUUCAGAAAGGUCUUACUUCUACCAAUGACUAGUUUCAAACUUUCAGUGAAUGUUCUUUCCCUGAAGUCUUAAGAAAAUCUCUUCCUUGAUCGAUUUUUCAAAAAGAUGUAAUUUUAUCAAGCUUCACAGUCCAUUGCUAGGGCCAGCAUACUCAUGCAUCGUGUAAAUAACUACAUAGUAUCAAAAGGACAGGAAGAGAGAUAUAACGGAAACUUUCACCAUAAGGCUAGGUACAAGUCUCCUCUAUGGUAGUAGGAUUCUGCUGCACGUGUUUUGUGCAUCUUAUAAGCUACAGCACUAUAGUAAAUCCAGCGACGUACAAAGAUUAGGUUCUACGCUCCGGUGAAUUAAGAACACUAUUUGUGAAAAAGGUGCGGAACUGCAAUAAAUGAUUAUAUUAAUUUUUUGCAUGUAAUGAGUUAUGAAAAUUACAAUUAUUGUGAGGAAGUAUUUAACUAGUUUUUCUAAUACCUUUGGGGAAGGCUCUCGAGUACAGAAGUGAGCAAAGCGUCAAGCAGCAAAACAUAGCGGGUCAUGCAAUUCGGGCGCAUCAACAGAUAGACCGCCAGUCACCACUCGACAACCGAUACGCAAGCAUAGAAGGACCGGAACCGUUCUCCAAACUCAAGUUUCUUUUACUAGUACUAAACACCCUCAGAGAACUUGAUCCAUAAAGAGGUGCACAAAUGGAGCUACCGGAUUGGAUCAACGUCCUCUACGACCUUUUACUAUUCACGGGAAUGGCUCUGGUUUACAUAAGCGAGGCCCUUAUCCUGACGCUCAUUCCCCGACGCUAUCGUGCGAAAUCUAUCAAAGGAGAGGUGGCUCUGGUGACAGGAGGCGCUGGCGGAAUUGGAAGGUUGAUUGCUAUGAAACUGGCCAAACUUGGAGCACACGUUGUCAUCUGGGAUAUCAACAGGACUGGUCUGGAAGAUACGGUGCAAGAAAUUAGACGUAGCGGAGGAAAGUGUUGGAGUUACUAUUGCGACAUUACUAACAGGAAUGAAGUGUACAGGAUAGCGAAAACAGUGCAAAUCGAAGUUGGCCCAGUGACUCUGCUGAUAAACAACGCGGGCUACGUAUACGGAAAAACACUGAUGGACUUACCAGACGACGAAAUAGAGCGCACUUAUAAUGUUAACAUUCUGUCGCAUUACUGGAUUACCAAAGCAUUCAUGAGGGACAUGAUGAAAAACAAUCACGGCCACAUCGUGACUGUAGCAAGCGUGGCAGGACUUUUGGGAACUUAUAAUUGUACGGAUUACUCGGCUACCAAAUUUGCAGCCAUCGGUUACCACGAGAGUCUUUUCACAGAACUUAAAGCUCAUGGUUAUGAUGGAAUUCACGCGACUCUAGUCUGUCCAUAUUUCAUUAACACGGGUAUGUUCCAUGGAGUGAAACCCAGGCUAAUGCCGAUGUUGGAACCUGAUUACGUAGCGGAAGAAGUUGUAUCUGGAAUAUUGGUAAAUCAAAUAAACGUUGUGUUACCUGGGUCAGUUAGGUAUCUCUUGCCACUCAAAUGUUUGCUACCAGCAAAGCUGUGCUGGGCUUUGAUGUAUCACGUUAUAAAAGGACCUCAGUCUAUGAUGAUGCUCAAAGGAAGAGAGGAAAAGAUAUUGAAAAAUAAUAACAAUAUUUUUGAUGCAGUAAUAUCCAAAGAAACACACGUACGAUAAUGUGUACAAUGUAGUAUACCAUGGAUUCAUUGGUAAAGUAUUUGUACACAGACUAAGGAACAAAUGCUGUCUUUAAUUUUGA